AUGUCAGGCUGGCGAGACGAGUUUCUGAAGGGCAUCCGCGAUGCCGAGCGACAGCAGAACCCCGCCAGCCGCGAGAUUAUCGACGCCUGUUCCCAUCUCGUGGACCGUGUAUCCUCCCUCGAGGCAGAAAAGGCAGCCCUCCAGGCGCUCUCAGAGACGUCUCCAUUAGGCAGCAAGGGCACUGCUGGGUCCCCAACGCCUGAUGUCCAUACUGCUAGCGAUGCCCGGCUUCGGUUUGAUCUAGCAGAGGCUCUUCGUGGGAAAGGCCAGUUCCAGAAUCGCCUACAGGCCGCCGAGGAAGAACUAGUGCGGUUACGGACCAGGACCGCUGCCGACGCAAAGAUGAUUCGGGAUCUAACUGCCGAGCGUCGGACGCUGACCAUCAAGCUUCGAGACCGGGAAGAAGAACUGCGAGUCAAGAACAAACUGGUAGCAGACGUGCAGGACGAGCUAGCUGUGUUGAACAUGCAGCUCGACAUGGAGGAGAAGCGGCGCCGAGACAAGGAGGUCGAGAACAAGCAGCUCGUCGAGCGCUACAUACAACGAGUCAGCCAAGAGGCUGAUGCCAUGAAUAGAGCCAACGAGCCCUACUCGAGAAACGGUAGGGCCUAG